UUGUUCAGGAUCCCCACCCACAACCAAGCUCUUUCUACUGUCAGGGCAGCAUCUAAUCUUAUCAAUGGAAGCCUCGAUCUUCUACUACGUUGUAUUCUUCCUCUUCCUGUACUUUCUUACCAAACGAUUGCUCCAAGACAAAGGACUCCCACCAAGCCCUGCUCUUUCUCUUCCCAUUAUAGGCCAUCUCCAUCUCAUCAAAAGGCCCCUCCAUCGCACCCUUGCUAAACUUUCCCAGCAACAUGGUCCUGUACUCUUCUUUCAUUUCGGAUCUCGCCCUGUCGUUGUUGUGUCUUCUCCAUCUGCUGCAGAAGAGUGUUUCACCAAAAAUGAUGUAAUAUUUGCAAACCGCCCCCGUCUUCUCGCUGGAAAACACCUUGGUUAUGAUUAUACUACCCUUCUUUGGGCCUCGUAUGGCGAUCACUGGAGAAACUUGAGGCGUAUGGCCUCUCUCGAAAUCUUGUCAUCUAAUCGUGUUCAAAAAAAUCUUGGGAUACGUAUGGAUGAAGUCAGGUCUUUGAUUCUCAGGCUUUAUAGGAGUUCAAACGGCGGUGGGUUUCAGGUUGUGGAGAUGAAAUCGAUACUUUUCGAGUUGGCUCUUAAUGUUAUGAUGAGGAUGACUGCGGGGAAGAGGUAUUUCAGAGAAGGAGACGAAGAGUUGGAGGAAGAAAGAAAGUUUAAAGAAAUUGUGACAGAGGCCAUUCAACUGAGUGGAACCACAAAUAUUGGAGAUUUUCUGCCGGUUUUGCAGUGGAUCGGAUUGAAUAAAAUUGAGAAGAAGCUAUCAAUAUUACAAAUGAAGAGGGAUGGAUUCAUGCAAAAUUUGAUUGAAGAGCGCAGAAAAUCAGUAACGGAUUCAUAUUCUGAAAAAAGAAGCAAGACUCUGGUUGAUGUUGUGUUAUCCCUGCAGGAAACUGAUCCUGAAUAUUACACAGAUAAUAUGAUCAGAGGCCUGAUUCAAGUAAUGUUAGCAGCAGGGACUGACACUUCAGCAGGGACCCUGGAAUGGGCGCUGUCGCUCUUGCUGAACAACCCAAAAACUCUUAUGAAAGCCCGGGAAGAAAUAGACAUUGAAGUUGGGCAAAGCAGGCUGAUCGAGGAAUCAGAUCUUGGCAAACUCCCAUACCUCCAUGGCAUCAUAAACGAGAUACUAAGAAUGUGUCCCGUUACCCCCCUACUGGUACCACACGAAUCAUCCGAAGAAUGUACAGUGGGAGGUUUUCAUGUCCCACGUGGCACAAUGCUAUUGGUUAACGUUUGGGCUAUGCAGAGUGAUCCUGUAUUGUGGGAAAAGCCCACUGAAUUUAAGCCCGAGAGGUUCCAUGGGUUAGAAGCAGAGAAGAAUGGGUUCAGGUUUUGGCCCUUUGGGACAGGCCGGAGGAGGUGUCCAGGAGAGGGCUUGGCGAUGCGUAUGGUUCCAUUCGCAUUGGGCUCUCUGAUUCAAUGCUUUGAGUGGGAGAGAAUUGGUGAGGAGAUGGUAGACAUGACUGAAGGGAAUGGGCUCACCAUGCCCAAGGCUCAGCCCUUGGUUGCAAGGUGUAGGCCACGCCCAGCCAUGAUGAACCUCCUCUCUCAACUUUAAGAUUUCUUUUUUCUUUUUGCCAAGAAAAAGAAAUCUCAACUUCAACACGAAUAAUUAUUAUAAUUGUCAUGUG